UCGAUAGGCGGUGCGCGCUGACAAUUUGUCAAUCCGUUGUCGACACUAAAUAGACGGGUUGUGAUCGAUGGCGAAACCAGAACCAGCCCAGCAAUAUGUGGAGGAGAAAGCGGAGCAGAUUGACGACGCAGAGUUGGCAUUUAAAGGAAUAAACAUGCUGCUCAACAACGGAUUCAAGGAGAGCGACGAUCUGUUCAGAAAAUACAGGACCCACAGUCCACUGAUGAGUUUCGGAGCCAGUUUUGUCAGCUUCCUGAAUGCCAUGAUGACGUUUGAGGAGGAGAAGAUGCAGAUGGCCUUUGAUGACCUCCGAGCUACUGAGAGACUGUGUGAGAGCGACAACACUGGGGUCAUAGAGACCAUAAAAAAAAAGAUCAGGAGGAGUGUGGGUGAAGACUCCCAGAGGUCAGGGGUGGCAAUAGUAGACCGUCUCCAGAGACAGAUCAUUGUGGCAGACUGCCAGGUGUACCUCGCUGUCCUCUCUUUCAUCAAACAGGAACUUUCAUCAUACAUCAGAGGAGGCUGGAUUCUCCGCAAAGCCUGGAAGAUGUACAACAAGUGUUACAGCGACAUCAGCCAGCUCCAGGAUUGCAGCAAGAGGUCCUCCGACCAGCAAGGGUCUCCCUCUCCAUCCACUGACCAGGCCAACCGCAACCACGCCACGCCCCCAACCCAGAGGACCAAUGGGGUGAGCCCGGAGGCACUGGAGCGGCUCAAGGGCUCGGUUAGUUUUGGCUACGGCCUGUUCCACCUGUGCAUCUCCAUGGUACCGCCACACCUGCUGAAGAUUGUCAACCUUCUGGGUUUCCCUGGCGACCGUCACCAGGGGCUGUCCGCCCUUACGUAUGCCAGUGAAAGUAAGGACAUGAAGGCCCCCCUAGCUACGUUGGCCCUCUUGUGGUACUAUACGGUAGUGCAACCCUUUUUUGCCCUGGACGGCUCAGACACACAGGCCGGCCUGAUGGAGGCUAAGGCUAUCCUCCAGAGGAAGGACCCUGUAUACCCUAACUCCUCCCUCUUCUUGUUCUUCAAGGGCAGGGUGCAGCGCCUGGAGUGCCAGAUCAACAGUGCCUUGACGUCCUUCCAAAAUGCCUUGGAGCUGGCUACAGACCAGAGGGAGAUCCAGCAUGUGUGUUUGUAUGAAAUAGGGUGGUGCAGUAUGAUCGAGCUGAGGUACAGUGACGCCUACAGGGCCUUUCAGCGUCUGGCAACUGAGUCACACUGGUCCCAGUGCUACUACGCCUACCUAACUGGAGUGUCCCAGGGAGCAUCAGGAGAUCUGGAAGGGGCUGCCGCUGUCUUCAAGGAUGUUCAUACGCUGCUGAAACGGAAGAACAAUAAAAUAGAACAGUUCUCUAUGAAGAGGGCGGAGAGGCUAAAGAAACACACCCCAUCCAGAGAGCUGUGUGUCCUGGCUGUGAUCGAGGUACUUUACCUGUGGAAGGCUCUGCCGAACUGCUGCACCUCUAAGCUACAGAUCAUGAGCCAAGUUCUGCAGGAACUAGAUGACGUCUCAAUUGCUGGCCUGAAAAACCUGCUUCUUGGUGACAUACACAGAUGUCUCGGCAACAUAAAAGACGCCAUUGAGUGCUUCCAUCUGGCUGCCGGAGAUGAGGUGGGUCGUCAGAACAACUCCUAUGUGCAGCCCUACUCCUGCUACGAGUUGGGCUGUGUUUUCCUGGACAGCCCUGAGUCUGAAGCGAAGGGCAGAGCUCUGAUGCUUCAGGCCAAGGAUGACUUUGCUGGCUAUGACUUUGAGAACAGGCUCCAUGUACGCAUCCACUCAGCUCUGGUUUCCAUGAGAAAGGAGGUGGCCCCACCCUGACUACUGCCCCAUUCCUCCACCAUACAUCCACCCUAGCUCUGCGUUGAGGGUAGAAGGAUCUGGAAACGACUCCAGAAGCCAUCUUGAUCUUCACAGCACUGUGAUGGUUCACUGCAAUGUGUUUGUUUCAGUUGACUUAUGUUUGUAUAAUGAAUGUGCCAUCAAGUUUGUAAUGCGUAGUUUAGAGUAAAUCUCCUGGAGGGAUAGUGCAGACUACUGGAGUGUAAUCGUGUGUUUCAACCAGAUCAAAUAUGUACAGCAGUUGCUGCUGGGAGGCAAACGUAACUCUUUUUACCAAGGAAAAAUAUAUUGGGUGAAAAUCUGUCAGUGAGGCAGUAGGUAGUCUAAUGGUUAAGAGCGUUGGGCCAGUAACUGAAAGGUUGCUGGUUCAAAUCCCUGAGCCGACUAGGUGAAACAUCUGUCGACAUGCCCUUGAGCAAGGCACUUAACCCAAUUGCUCCUGUAAGUCGCUUUGGAUGCGAGCGUCUGCUAAAUGGCUAAAAUGUGAAUAGUACAAUAAUAUCUUUCUCUCCCAUAAGAUAUGAAAGGGUUCAGAUUGAAAACUGUAUGCCAUUGUGUAUGACACUUCAUUAUAAAGCAGUGAACUUGUGCCAUAGCAACCCUACUGACAUCUGGUUUCUGCCAGAUGACCUCAAUGUUCUGUUGCUCUUACAGUAGUAAACAAUCUGAAUGCACAAUCCCUAUGCUACUACUCAUCACCUGGCCUUUGUCACUGUAAAUUGAUGCCAACCCUUUAAUCACCUUAGGUUAUAGGCAUUGUGAAUCCAUUAUAGAUGGUAAUAUAAGCAGAUUUCCUCAAACAUGUUACAACAUUGUUACUUAAAAUUUUUUAAAUAAAUUAAAAAUCUGGUUUUAAUAACAAGUGUAUUGAUAUUUUAAAGGGA